AUGGAUGACUGGAAAAGUCGGCUUGUAAUCAAGAGCAUGCUUCCCCAUUUCACCGUGGUGGGAAAUCGUCAGGAGCCCAGAAAGCUCCAGGAAUCGUCACAGGGAACUAUUAAGAGGAGGCAAGAAGAACACUUCCUGUUUCCAGGCAUGGCUGAUGGAGGUUACCCUAAUAAAAUUAAGAGGCCCUGUCUUGAGGACGUCACCCUUCCUGUGGGCCAUCCCAGCACCUCCUGUGCAGAGCUGCAGGUGCCUCCAUUAUCAAUGAACCCUAGUCCUGUCACCAUGGGAGGAGCUGGCCCAUCUUUACUACUUGACAAUGACCCCAUGAGUGGCAGUGUUCUGGAUGCCUCAUUUGCCAUGCCACCAACUACAGAGAUGGCGCUGAAAGGGCCCACUGUUCCAAACUAUGAGAAAACCAACAGUAUGCCAGGUGUAGACCAGGAAUUGCAAGAUCUGCUGGAGGAACUAACAAAAAUUCAGGAACCUUCUCCAAGUGAGCUAGACCUUGAGAAGAUACUGGGGAGCAAGCCAGAAGAGCCACUUGUCUUACAGAAUCUGCAGGUCAACCUGGGUACCACUGCCAAGCCUACAGUCCACCACAUGGCACACUUGGAGAGCCUAGGUUCCAGCAAGGACUUUGCUUCUAGCUGCAGCCAAGUCCCUAGCGCCUCGCUCCCCAUGCCGCUCUCCUCCACAGAGCUCAGCUAUUCGAUUCCUUCUACCAGUAAGCACAUGAUCUCACCCAGUUCCUCGACAGCAGAGGCCAAGAACCAGGUCCAGGCCAUGCUCCCUGUCACUCUGUCACCCCUGCAGGCUCCCCAGUGGCAUCAUGCCCACCAGCUGAAGGCGCUAGCAGCCAGCAAGCAGGGAUCUGCUACCAAGCACCAAGGGCUGCCGCCUACAUGGUCAGGCCUGCCUCCCCCAGGCCUUUCCCCACCUUAUCGCCCAGUGCCGUCUCCACACCCACCCCCACCUCCACCCCGGCGUACAUUCAGCCCUCAGAGCCUCACGGUGUCCUGCAUGGCACCCAACAGCUUACGAGGCAGCAGCCUGCAGGGCUCUCCCAAUGCCUUACUCUCCAGCAUGGUGCCCAGCAGCAGUGCCACCCUGGGGCGUGCCGUGCCCUACACAGCCGAGAAGCUCCCCAGUCCAGCUCUCAGCCAGCAGCAGCAGUUCACCCCACAGAGCUCCAUUCUUGCCAACCUUGUGAGGUCAACCAUCAAAAGCCCUCAGGGACACCUCAUGUCUGCUCUGCCCACCAGCACCCUAGGGCCAUCCCCACCGUAUCGCUCAGAGAAGCUGGCCAGCCCUGGCUUGCCGCAACAGUCCUUCACCUCACAGUGCUCCCGGAUCCAGAACCUGACGCCCACCAGCCAUCUGCCAAGUGCACAGCAGCCAGCCAACCCCAUUUUCAAGCCAAUGACCAGCAGCUCGUCCAAAACCCUGAACAUGGGUGUGCAGCAAGGGUUGGUCAACGCCAACCCAGGAGCCCCUGAGCCUUUUACUUUUGCCAACACCAAGCCCUUGUCCCAUUUUGUCUCAGAGCCAGCCCCUCAGAAGAUACCACCCAUGCCAGCCACCUGCAGGCAGCCUUCCUUGCUUCACUACCUGCAGCAGCCAACACAAGCACAGGCCUCUUCUGUCACUGCCUGCUCCAGCAGCACUGUCACCUUUCAGCAGCAACCGCAGCCACAGCUGCAGCCACAGCCACAGCCACAGCCGCAGCCAAAGCUGCAGUCGCGGCCACAGCCUGACCAGUCUUCAUUCCUGCUGCAACAGGUGAUGCAGCAGACGCGGCGCUUUCAGCGACCAGUAGCUUCAGACCCUGCGCCUGCUCUGCCCAGACAGGGCUGUUGCCACCUGUUUACAUGGAAUUCUGCAGCUAGCUCGGUGGAGCAGCAGCCUCAACACUGGGACGCGUUGACUAGCAGGCGGGAUCCUGAGCCUGGAGACAUGUCACCACCUAGCACCACUCAUGUAGACAAAGCCUGCAAGCUGGGGGAAGCCAGACCCCCCCAGGUCAGCCUCGGGCGACAGCCCGCAUCCUGCCAGGCCCUGGGGAGUGAGUCCUUCCUGCCCAGCAGCUCCUUUGCUCAGGAGCUGGCCCGAGUCACCUCGUACAGCACCUCAGAGGCAGCGCCCUGGGGCGGCUGGGAUCCGAAGGCCUGGAGGCAGGUGCCUGAUCCGCUGCUGCCUAACUGCGCUGCUGCAGCAAGAGAAGCAGAGAUCAGGUCUUAUGGCAAUGACCCCUGA